AUGUUUGUGCUAUUCCAGACUGCCGCUCGCCAUAAGGGAUUUCCUGCACAACAUCUAUCGCUCAGCAAAUAUGAGGAGGCCUGUGAGGAGGCCUGUGAGGAGGCCUGUGAGGAGGCUUGUGAGGAGGCCUGUGAGGAGGCUUGUGAGGAGGCCUGUGAGGAGGCCUGUGAGGAGGCUUGUGAGGAGGCCUGUGAGGAGGCAUGUGAGGAGGCUUGUGAGGAGGCCUGUGAGGAGGCCUGUGAGGAGGCCUGUGAGGAGGCAUGUGAGGAGGCUUGUGAGGAGGCCUGUGAGGAGGCAUGUGAGGAGGCCUGUGAGGAGGCCUGUGAGGAGGCCUGUGAGGAGGCAUGUGAGGAGGCUUGUGAGGAGGCCUGUGAGGAGGCCUGUGAGGAGGCUUGUGAGGAGGCCUGUGAGGAGGCCUGUGAGGAGGCUUGUGAAGAGGCCUGUGAGGAGGCUUGUGAGGAGGCUUGUGAGGAGGCCUGUGAGGAGGCUUGUGAGGAGGCUUGUGAGGAGGCCUGUGAGGAGGCAUGUGAGGAGGCCUGUGAGGAGGCUUGUGAGGAGGCUUGUGAGGAGGCCUGUGAGGAGGCUUGUGAGGAGGCCUGUGAGGAGGCCUGUGAGGAGGCUUGUGAGGAGGCCUGUGAGGAGGCUUGUGAGGAGGCUUGUGAGGAGGCCUGUGAGGAGGCUUGUGAGGAGGCCUGUGAGGAGGCAUGUGAGGAGGCCUGUGAGGAGGCAUGUGAGGAGGCUUGUGAGGAGGCCUGUGAGGAGGCCUGUGAGGAGGCCUGUGAGGAGGCUUGA